CCCACGUGCCCGGAAGUAGAUCCGGGUGUUGUGCAUAGUGACAGAAAAAGCUCCAGAGAAGAAGAGGAAGCGGAGUUAUGGAAAGUUGGCUCCAGCUGUAGAGACGGGAGGCCGGCGGGGAGCUCCGGAGCCCCGGCAGCUGAAACAUGGGUCUCCUGGCGAGGCUGCGGAAAGAGUGGUUCAUCAUCGGGAUCGUGCUUGUCAUCCUGUCGGCCAAACUGCAGCCGAGCGUCGGAGUCAAAGGAGGUCCGUUGAGGCCGGAGAUCACCGUCGCCUACGUGGCCGUCUCUCUGAUCUUCUUCAACAGCGGCCUGUCGCUGAAGACGGAGGAGCUGACCAGCGCUCUGCUUCACGUCCGCCUCCACCUCUUCGUUCAGUCCUUCACACUCGUCUUCUUCCCGCUGGCCGUCUGGACGCUGCUCAGAGUCCUUGAACUCACCACCAUCGACCAGUGGCUGCUCAGAGGGUUACAGACGGUGAGCUGUAUGCCUCCUCCGGUUUCCUCCGCUGUGAUUCUCACCAAGGCUGUCGGAGGAAACGAGGCUGCGGCCAUCUUUAACUCGGCGUUCGGCAGCUUCCUGGGGAUCGUCGUGACUCCAGUGCUGCUGCUGCUGUUCCUGGGUUCUUCCUCCUCGGUUCCGUUCUCCUCCAUCUUCUCCCAGCUCUUCAUGACCGUGGUGGUUCCUCUGGUUCUGGGUCAGGUGUGCCGCCGUUUCCUCAGGGAGCUCCUGGAGCGCCGGAAGCCUCCGCUGGGCGCCGUCAGCAGCUGCGUCCUGCUCAUGAUCAUCUACACGACGUUCUGCGACACCUUCAGCAACCCCAGCAUGGAGCUGGACCCCAGCAGCCUGCUGCUGCUCGUCCUCAUCAUUUUCUCCAUUCAGAUCAGCUUCAUGCUGCUCACCUUUGCCUUCUCCACCAGGUCGGGUUCUGGGUUCAGUCCGGCCGAUACUGUCGCCAUCAUGUUCUGUUCAACACACAAGUCGCUCACUCUGGGAAUCCCGAUGCUGAAGAUCGUGUUUGAAGGCUACGAGCAUCUGUCUCUGAUCUCCGUUCCUCUGCUCAUCUACCAUCCAGCUCAGAUCCUGCUGGGAUCCGUCCUGGUGCCCAGUAUCAGAGGAUGGAUGACCAGCAGACACAAGUCUGUUCUGUUGAGGUGAAUCCUGUUCUUCUGAGCGGUGAAGCUGUCGGCUCUUCAGCCCGUCUGACGUUGACGAAUCGAAGCUUCAGCGUCGCUGUGAAACCUUUGGGACUGCGGCGGAGGGAUACAUUAGUGCCUUAUUACAACCAAUCAACACAGACCUCAGUGCCGCCUCCACAUUUCUGCUACAAAAAGAAACUCGUAUUUCCACAUUUUAUAUUUAAAAGAAGCACAUGUUUUAUUUUUAUAUGGACUAUCUGCAAAUUCCUACAAACUGAGGAUGGCUGUGCUUUUCUUUUUGGGUUUGAGAAUCUUACCGGGAGUUCUGGGACCAUCUUCUUAUUUUUCUACUCUCAGCUCACUGCUACUGCCAGAAAGUGAUGUUUGUGACUUUAUCGUGUGUCACUCGCUGUAUUGUCUGACAUUAAUAUACAGUAUAAUCAGAGCUGUUUGGGUUUAUGACCUCCUGAAAUUGCUCGUGUGUCUGUAGAAAGAGUCCUGUGGUGAGGAGACGGUGAACUGGUGCUCUGUCCGACAGGUCAACAGCAUGAAGGUGGCGGUAGGAAGUCUGAUCUGACCAAGUCUGUGGUCCACAAGGGCAUUUUUAACUUGGACCAAUAAAGAGAGCAGAAAAAACACAAGUCUUCAGUGAAAUCAGGCUCUAAAUGUUCGUCUAUAUGCAGACGAUACUCUGUUAUACAUAGCUAACAUGUUCCACAAACCAAAGUCUGGUUUAAAGAUGUUCUGAUUUUACUGAAACAAGGAUCUGUUAGAACACGCUGGAACCAGAUUUCCGUAUUCAGACACAGGAUAGUAAAUGCAUCAUCAUCAGAACCAAAUAUACAUCUGUAUGUAGACGAUACUGUGUUCUCAGUAAGUUAGGAAGUUUCUUUGUUCCGCCAACAAAAGUCCGGUUUAAAGACAUUGAUGUUCUGAUUUCAUUGAAAAAAUGUGAUCUGUUGGAACCAGCUGGAACCAGAUUACCAUAUUUAGAGGCAGGACAGUGAAUGCAUCAUCAUCAGAACCAAAUAUGCACCUGUAUGUAGACGAUACUCUUUUCUCAGUAAGUCAUGAAAUGUCUUCGUUCCGCUAACCAAAGUCCGGUUUAAAGAUGUGGAUGUUCUGUAAAUGUGAUCCGACUGGAUUUUGCUAAAACAAUCUCAUCUGCUGGAAGUAGUUGAAGUUCUGGAGCCAGAUUAUCGUGUUCAAAUGCAGGACAGUGAAUGCAUCAUCAUCAGAUCCAAGUAUACAUCUCUAUGUAGACGAUACUCUGUUCUCAGUAAGCUAUGAAGUUUCUUGGUUCCACCAACCAAAGUCUGGUUUAAAGACAUUGAGGUUCCGAUUUUACUGGAAAAGAUGAUCUGUUAGAACCGGCUGGAAACAGAUUCCUCUAUUCAGACACAGGACAGUGAAUGCAACCAAAGUCCAGUUUAAAGAUGUGGAUGUUCUGUAAACAUUCUUGGCUUCGUGAUCCAUCUGGAUUUUGCUGAAACAAUCUGAACCAGUUGAAGUUCUGGAACCAGAUUACCGUAUUCAGAGGCCUGACAGUGAAUGCAUCAUCACCAGAACCCAUCAGAUGUGGAGCUGCAUCGGAUUGUUACUAUCCAGACCAGAACCACAGUGUUUCCUCUAUGGACCAAUCUGACAUUAAUAAGGGCAGGACUUUGCUCAGGGGCACUCAGGAAGCAUCUCUGUAUGUUUCUUCUUUCACUACCGGCCUUAUAUUCUCUGGUGUUUCUGAUUCUGGACACCUUCAUUGACAGUUAGAGGACUCUGGUAAUCAACUCAGCUGAUUGGGUUUCUGUAGCAGCAGGAGAUGACUUUAGUUCUGACAGCUUCCUGAACAACCACUGCUAGUUGUAGCGCUGCUGGUUGUGUUAGUUAGGAUGAAGUCCAGCCUGUGAACCACCCGGUUACCCAGUCUAUCUGAGGGUUGAUUUGUUUGUUGACCUGCUCUCAACGAACUCUAGUUGCCUUCCAGGAUUGAUCCAUUAUUUUAUGCGUCAGGAGGAAUAGACUACCUGUAACUCCUCUGUGUUUUUACAGCUUUGGACCGGUCCAACCUGACAGAGGCUGUUAGGUCUGAUUUAUUUGAUGCUUACCAAACGUUUACUGGUGUCGACUCCAAACUAAUGGACAUCGUGUUGAAGAAGUUCAAACAGGCGGUUUAUCACAACUCAGCCAACAGUUGGGUUCUUCCAUCUGAAAUCAUCAGAGACCUUCUGUUGGACCCUUUUUCAUUUGCUUUAAUAUAUCAAUCUAAAAUUUCCCAAUUCUCUUUAUAAAUAUCCAGAGUUAAUGUUAAGAAGUGGAUCAGUGUUUCCCAAAGUCCAACAUGACAAAUGUCUCAUUUUGUUGAAGAUGUUCAGAAGUCUGGCUGUCACCCUGAGGGCAUUUUAAACUCUGGAGUUUGAUAAUUGCACUUUUUAAAAAAAAAAAUUGAUUUCAGCUGCAGUGGAAACAAGCUGUGACUAAUUUAUUGAACUAGUUAACAGACAGUGGAUUGUUUUAACACCCAAGUCCAGUAUUUGCUCUUUUAGCUCAUUUUUUUGAAACGACCUCAUCGGAUUUUUCACGUUUCUGACUUCUUGAGUCCGUUACUGUGGAGCGUUUUGGAGCUUUUACAGCUUAAAUGUCUUUAUAUUGGUCGUCCAGGUAACAGUUGAGUUUACAGUCUUUCCCGGUUUACAGUGUGAUUGUUUUACCUGAACUUUAUGUGGGGAACAAAGACAGCGAGUCGAUGUGUGGGUCUGUUCUUGUACUUGCUGAUUAAAAAAUAUGAAGAAAUGAA